CACGCCCUCUCCAACUAUUGUCCACAGAUCUGUGUCUCGAGCUAAAGCGUGUCCCUACGUCAAAGACGCAUCAUUGUCAUGACUGUGUUUCUAUCCAGCCCAUGAGCAUCUUUGUCGCACACAGCUGCUCCUGCUGCCCUCACGUUGCUCUAUAUCCAGUCACCAGCACUGGUUGAUGGUUUCUCGUAUCCUAAGAUGGGCAUACAAUCCCCAUCCUUCCGAAGUACCAGUCACCUAAAGGAUUGAUAGGAAGACCUCGCAGUUGCUCUAGUUCCGCCCAGGAAUCGUCCCGGUGCCUCGAAGAGGAUUUGACUUCCUGAUUAAAGCCGUGUUGCCCCAGCUGGCCAUUUCUAUUCUCGAAUCAUACUUAUUUGUACUGAUUCAAGCUUCUCUACUCAAUCUCCCGACCAUCCAAAGCGUCAAAUUUCUUUGUGUCUGCAUCGUCCUGCUUUCUGUAAUAUCUCAUGACAAUAGCCAUGAUGCUGGCUGACUUCCUUACCAUGUCCGGCCUUGUUUCACUAGGCCUCGCCAUGCGCAACAAUAGCUGCGUACCGUCAGGUAUUCUAAUCAGUCGCUCGCUUGUAUUAGAGUGCAGAAACUUAUUCAAGUCAGCAAGUGUGGCAACCACCGCGCCAUUCAGCUGCCAUUCGUGCGCAGACUUCUACGGCUCCUGUGGUAUUGAUUGCGCUCAGCCAAACCUCACGUGGGCAAACAUCUUCAACUGUGAGGGCUACUGUAAGGGAAAACUAUGCAAUGGACCGUUUGGUCAGCCGUGCCGCAAUCUCUGCCAAUAUAGUAUCUGUGACGGGUUGCCCUUGACUACAAUGGCAGCUAAGCCCUUACCUCAAUAGAUCCCUUAGCAGCUGUUAUGUUGGCUAGGAAAAAAGGAGGAUAGUUCUUCUGUCGACUGGAUGCACAUGGCCCAGUUAUAAAGAUAAUAGAAAUCUGCAGUUCCACUGACCGGCUUCGCUUUCGUCGGAGGUGGUAUUGCUAGACUGAAAGGAUACAUGCAACGGUACAAGGAUAUCUAUUUCCCUCCUAAUUAGAUGAAUUCUCAUCAUAG